ACCCACCUCGCACACUCCAGUCACCGCACACCCGGCCAGCCAGCACUGCCAUGACACUCAAGACUCUCGUUGCUCUCCUAUGUGUGGGCCUUGUGGUCGGCGAUGAAGCAGUGCGCGACAAGCGAGGAUUUAAUACAGCCUUUACUGCUGGGUAUGGAGCCGGUGGCGGUUAUGGUGGCGGCGGUGGCGGUGGUGGCUACUUGAUUGUUGGUUCUGGUGGAGGAGGCGGCCACGGACCCACUUCUGCUGACAUCGCCAACCAGGCUGCUGCUCAGGCUUCUGCUGCUGCCGCAGGUCUUCAAGGAGCCUCUAGUUCAGCUGCACGUGCCGCAGCUAAUCAGGCUGCUGCAGUGUCAGUAGCCGCGGCACAAACUGCUCAAGCCGCAGCUGCACAGAAGCAGUCCCAAGCCGCACAAAUUACACAAGCUGCACAGGGUGCGCAAGCAGCAGCCUUUGCCGAGUCCUCUCUCUCCGGGCAAGCCUUUGCUGCUGAGCAGGCUGCAGAAAAUACCUACAACUUGGCCGUUGCUGUAGCUAAUGAUUUGGCUGCUGCCCGUCAGGAGGCCCGAGCUGUCACUGCCCAGGCAUUCAAUGCUCUGCAGGCUUCCCGAGCAGUGAGAGCUGCACAGGAGGCCAUGGCUUGGCAAGCCCAGCAGGCGGCCGCCUCCCUCCAUCAACAGCAAGUUGUUGUCAUUAGCGACUUGCAGUCUGCACAGGGAGCAGCAAAUCAAGCUCAGGCAGCAGCUGCCAAGGCUUUAGCUAAGGCUAAGGGUACUGGGGGUGGCUACGGCGGCGGCUAUGGCUACGGACAUUAACGAUCUCUAAUUUCCUCUUGAUUUUCCAUUCAUUAUAUUACCUGUGAAGAAGACCCGUGUGUCGUUCAAAUAAUGAGGAGAUUAGCGAGGCUGGUGUGAGGCUGUCAAUGGUAAUAACACAUGUUUAUCCCUGAUGGAUAAUCUUAUAUGUAUAUAUUAUGCGAUCCUUAUAAAAGCUAAAUAUGAAAUUAUCUUC